UCAUUGAGAACUUUAUGGUGCAAGGAGGAGACUUCACCAACCAUGACGGAACGGGUGGAGAAAGUAUUUACGGUGACAAGUUCGAGGAUGAGAACUUUGAGUACAAGCACGCGUCAGAGGGUAUCCUCUCCAUGGCCAAUGCGGGACCCAACACAAACGGAUCGCAGUUCUUCAUUACUCUCACAGCGACCCCACACUUGGAUGGGAAGCAUGUGGUCUUCGGAAGAGUGGUGAAGGGUCUUGGGGUGACGAAGCUCUUGGAGAAGGUCAAGACAGAUGGAGACAAGCCUGUGGAGAGGUGUGAAAUAUAUGAUUGUGGAGAAUUCAAACCAGGCGAAUCUUUUGGUAUCACUGAUAAUGAUGGUACGGCUGAUGUAUAUCCGCAGUUCCCUGACGACUCUAAUCUCAAUUUUGUAGAGGAUUCUAUGGCAACAUUAAUACAGGUUGUGAACGACAUUAAAGAUUCGGGAAACACCUACUUUAAGAAUCAAGACUUUACUGCAGCAAUUAAGAAAUACCAGAAGAGUCUUGUCUAUAUUAAACAUAUUGAAGAACAAGGCAAAGCACGCAGUGACAUCACUGACCUUGAACUGAACGUCCUAACCAAGUUGUCAGUGUCAUGUCUUCUCAAUCACGCGUUGUGUUCUAUUAAGCUCAGUUGGUUCGGCAAAGCAAUUAGUGAUUGCGACAGAGCCAUCGAACUUGACGACUCCAACCCAAAGGCCUAUUUCCGCCGAGGACAAGCUUACAACCUCAGUAACGAUAUUGAUUCAGCGAGAACUGACUUGGAGAAGGCUAAGGAGCUUGAACCCAAUGACAAGGGCAUCCUGAGGGAGCUCGAUGCAGUGCUGAAGAAGAUCCGUGCCAGGAAGGAGAAGGAGAAGGCAGCUUAUGCCAAGAUGUUCCAGUAACAAAGGGAUAUAGUUAUUAAAAUAGUGCAAGUGAUAACCAGUGUUGUACGUUCUCAUUACUUCUGUUAGUUGUGAUAACUGCUUCAAUUUGCUCUUGUAUCAAGAAGAAUGGCUGUAGAAGCCAGAGCAAUGAUGUUUUUUCUACUUUGGUUAAUGUAUUGUGAAUGUGCUUGGUAUUCUUUUUUUUUUUUUUUUUUUUUUUUUUUUACCAAUGUGACAGAAUAAAGUCCUAAAGUAAAAGAAUUUUAGUUUUUCAUGAUGUUCAUGAAGAAAUGGUAAUUGUUGUAUCAGAUGUUUAUCAUUAUUUACGUUUUUUUGUUUCUGUUGAUGUUCAUGGUGAAAUGAUAAUUUAUGUAAUUGAAGGUGUUGAAGAUCGGCAGUGUUUAUGUAUAUAUUUUUUUCUGUUGAUGUUCCUAUUUAUUGAUUUAAAUAUGGUUGGAAAUUAAAUAUAUCCUGAUGCAAGAAACAAUAAAAUUCCAAAAAUAUUGAAAUAAGCAUUAUUGUUAUUGUUUUCAUUAUUUUCUUUAUGUUAACCUCUACAAGCCAUAAUUUAUUUAUAGUGACUGCUUGGCUGGGCAUAAUCACUAUUUUUGCAAUGUAUGCUUACAAAAUAUUAUCCUUCUGUAAUGGUGCCCCGUAAGACCUGAACCACUAAUCCAUAUCUUAUAAACAAGUUAUCAAUAUAUGUUACAAUACAAUUGAUACAUUGUAGAUUUUGAGCUGGUUACAUCAUGGAUUUUAUUGAUUAGCUGCAGUUUGUUACAUGAAUUGUAACAUAGUCACAUUAAUGACAUCUAGCUCAUAGGGGUCCAUGCACUAAAUUUCAGUUCAUUUUAUUCAUUCUUGCUUUUCUAGUAAUGUAAUUCAUCAGAAGUAUGACCUAAAAGUAGGUCAAGAUCAUAAAUUGGGUAAUUUUUUCUUUUCAUAUUUAUUUAAAUUUUUAUCGAAAUGUAUGGCAAAUUCUCUGGAGAGUGUAGUUUUUUAGACCUAGGUAAACUAAGCUAGUAUUUAUUGCCUCCCGGAAGCUACACUUGAACACAUUCUUGCUCACGAUACUUUAUUGGCAAAAGAGGAUGAAGAAGAUUAUUUGAAGUUAGUGAGAGAAAACAUUUUUUAUGGUAAUUGCUACAAUUUGAAGGAACAAGGCACCUUAGUAUUUGCAUGUGGUAGUCAGUAGUGUGAAAAAGACUGUACUAUAUUUGAAGCAAUUUAAUUUCUUUAUUCCCUUCUACAAAUAGAGUUGAUAUAUUUGUACAAAAUGAUAAUGUUGCUUUCUACUUUUCCAAUUUACUGUUUUUCUUUUAAAUCGGUUGUUCUCAGUUGGCCACAAAAAAAAGGAAUACCAUGCCAUGUUUGUGUUAGAGCUGUUUCUAGUUAUAAUGAAAGACAAAGAUAU